GCCACGGACAGUAACUUAAGUGUAUACAGAGACGCUCCUUGCAAAGCGCGACUCGAAUCCAAACCUUGCAGCUCUUUGGCUGCCGAAAGCGCAGCAUUCAAGUCGCACCAGCGACGUCGCCCCGAUCCAAGCUCCUAUCGCCAACUCGAUACCGGCACACCAAAGCGCACAACGUAGUGUGAGGUCGCGCAACCCAGCGCGCGCAAAUCGCCAGCCAUGGUCUACGUGAGGCAGGAGUUCCUGCCGAACCUGCGGCAGUACAAGUACUCGAGCGUCGACCACUCGCUGCUGUCGCGCUACGUGCUCAAGCCCUUCUACACCAAUGUCGUCAUCAAGUGCUUCCCCAUGAGCAUGGCGCCCAACCUCAUCACGCUCACGGGCUUCAUGUUCAUCGUCGCCAACUUCCUGACCCUGCUCUGGUACAAUCCGAGCCUAGACCAGGACUGUCCCUCCUGGGUCUACUACUCGUGGGCCGCCGGCCUGUUUCUGUACCAGACCUUUGACGCAGUCGACGGCACCCAAGCCCGACGAACCCACCAGUCCGGCCCGUUAGGCGAGCUGUUCGACCACGGCGUCGACGCGCUCAACACGUCGCUCGAAGUCCUCCUCUUCGCCGGCUCGCAGAACAUGGGCCAGGGGUGGAAGACGGUCGCAACCCUCUUCGCCAGCCUGGCCACCUUUUACGUGCAGACGUGGGACGAGUACCACACCAAGACGCUCACGCUGGGCAUCGUCAACGGGCCCGUCGAGGGCAUUCUGAUCCUGGUCGGCGUCUACGCGCUGACGGGCUACCUGGGCGGCGCCUCCUUCUGGCAGCAGGGGAUGCUCGCCACCUCUGGCAUCCCGCAGGCCCUCCCCGGCGGCCUCGAGAUUCCUAGCAUGCUGUACGACCUUUCCUUCACCGAAUGGUACAUGGUGCAGGGCGCCGUGGUGCUGGUCUACAACACGGUCGAGUCGGCGCGCAACGUGAUCAAGGCGCGGCGGGCGCGCGGCGACCGCUCGCGCUGGGCGCUGAUCGGCUUGCUGCCCUUUUCCGCCACGUGGCUGCUCGUCGUCGCCUACCUCUGGCUGCAGCCCACCAUUUUGCACGGCCACCUGGUGCCCUUCUCGCUCUUUGUGGGCAUCGUCAACGCCUACUCCGUGGGGCAGAUGAUCACGGCCCAUCUGGUCAAGCUGCCUUUUCCCUACUGGAAUGUGCUGGUCGUACCCCUGGCAUGGGGCGUGCUCGACUCCCUUGGUCCCCUCCUCCUCCGCCACAGCCCCGUCCCCUGGCUCGGCUGGCCCUCAGCCCUCGGCGACGGCGUCUAUCAGGUUGCCUUCAUGUUCUGCAUGCUCGGCAUGGCCGUGGGUGUCUACGGCAGUUUUGUGGUGGACGUCAUCGUCACCAUCUGCGACUACCUGGAUAUUUGGUGUUUGACCAUCAAGCAUCCCUGGGUUGAGGGGCGUGACGAGGCGGGGGCGGGUUCCAUGCAGAUCAACGGAGCGGUAGCGGAGAAGAAAAGGCAGUAAUGAGGCUUUUUUUGGACAUCGGACUCUCCAGAGAGCAAUUCCCACGCCACUAUACGAGGGCGAAGUGGAUAAAUAUUAUCAUGAGGACGCAGACGGGGGAUGGAAACGAGGAUUAUGACCAGUAGGGGGCCGGCACCAAGCGACUGGGAAGUUGCAGAAUGAUGACAGGUGGCCAGGAUUCAACGGGUGCGAAACGACUUGUGUUUCUGUACGAAUACGGCUUAACAAUAAUGAUAUAGAGCUGGGGGUCUUGGAUAGUCAGGAGUAAUUGGGCGGCGUUCUUCCUUUAUCCCCUUGACGCUUAAUUUAGCAUGCUCAAGAUACCAGCUUGUUUGAUAUUUGUUUAUGUAGCCCCGGACUGGUCUCUACGAGAAACGCCAUGAUUGUAACAACUUGACGUUGCACCCGUUAAGUGAUGUGAUGGUUCAUGCUGUCUCAAAUUAAAACGCUGACUGGCAA